CAAGUGUGCAGCACAUGUGUAGCCGCUGUUAGUUGUAUGGAUGCACACUGUUUGACAUAGUUAAAGCAGAAUGGCACUGAUGGGAGUUCAGCUGGUUGUCAGCUUGCUGGCUGUCAGCAUAAUGCAGAAAAUGGCCCCGCAUUGCUCCUUUGCACGCUGGCUCUUGUGCAGUGGCAGACUCUUGAGGUUCAAGCAUCCAUCCGAGGGUGAACUCUGUGCGCUAGCAGGGAAGCAGAUGCCUGGCAAAACCAACAGGAGAGACAGGAGGCAGAAUGGUCAUAGCGAGCCAAAGCCACUUACAGUUCCAAAAGACAUCGAUCUACACCUGGAGAGCACCCCUGUCAACGUUCUAGAUGCUCUGGUUCUGCGGUUCUUUGUGGAGUAUCAGUGGUUGGUUGACUUUGCUGUCUAUGCAGCGGGCAUCUAUCUUUUCACUGAAGGCUACUAUGCUGUGGUGGAUGCCAGCAAAGAGAUCAACAUUGGAGCCAUCUGGUGUGUCCUGAUGGUGUUCUUUUGCCUGAGGACUCUGCAUGUUCUGAUGAGCCACUACUUCCGCUCAGAUGAGGGCGGUGAGCGUUCUGUAUGUCUGGCGUUCGGUUUUCUCUCUUUGCUUGUGGCCAUGCUGGUUCUGGUGGUGAGAGAAGACUUUCUGGAGUUUGGACUUGAGUCUGGUUUCACCAGUGUGUUUGAUAACUUUGAAGUGUUUGCCAAACAACAAGGCCUCGAGUGGUCAAUUCCGUUCACCAAACUGGGAGUGAAGUUGGGCUUGGCAUUUAUUUGUGCCUUCUUGGGAGCUCUGCUUGCUUUUCCGGGACUUCGCCUGGCACAAACCCACCUAGACGCCGUACAGAUGAAUGCCAGUCGGCCAAUCAUGCAAAUCCUUCUGCACAUGAGUUUUCUGUCCCCGCUGGUUAUUCUUGUGAUGUGGAUCAAGCCUAUUGCUCGGGACUUUCUGGGAAAUACUCCUAUGGGAAAGACGUCAGUUACCUUACUUUCCAGUGCAACUUUCGAUUCAGUACGCCUGUGGACCAUCGUGGGACUGUGUGUGCUGAGGCUGCUGCUGACCCACCAGCACCUGCAGGCUUACCUCAACCUCGCCCCCAAAUGGGUGGAGCAAUUAAAAAAAGAAGCUGGCCGUAUUGCUGCUAUUGACAUCCAGAGAAAGGUGACACGUGUUUACUGCUACCUGACAGUAGUCACUAUGCAGUACGUCAUCCCAGUUCUGCUUGUACUCUUCUCAACUCUGGCACUAAAGUCUUUAGGUGAUUACUCAUGGGGUUUGGGCGCUGAGACUCCAGGAGUGACGCCGGCACCCAUCCUCCCAACUGCCCCUCCUCCUGUACUUACUCAAGAUCCCGACGAGGACGAUAUCGAGGACAUGGAGGAGGACAUCCAGGCCACGGUGGCUCACCUGUCCGAGGUCUUUGCUGCGCUGCGCUCCGUCCUCACCCCUCUCUUCUUCAGAGGAAUUUUUGCUUUCCUGACCUGGUGGGUAGCAGCCUGCCAGCUUAUCAGCAGCCUGUUUGGCAUUUAUUUUCACCAGUAUCUGGUGCAUAGCUAAGAAGCAUUUCCUGUCCUGUCAAUCAUAUCGAACUGCUGCACCAUCAAAUUAUACAGCCCUAAACUCCAACACACAUCAGGAUGUUUUAUACCUGGUGGUGACUCGGAGUGGAGGCAGGGACGUGUUCGGUUUAUGAAGAAGGGAAUGCUGAACAAGCUCGUCUUCUACCACUGAUUUGGAAACUUUAUUUUUGAACAGAAUGUGAAUUGUGUGUUAGUUUUUUUUUAUUUACCUAAAUGUUGUUGAUCAGCCAGGACAUGCAUUGUGUCUGCUGUUUUUUCAAACUUUGCACUGGAGCUAUUAGACAGAGCAGCGUAGCGUGACUCUCCGUACUGGGUACGACUUUUUAACAAUACAGUUUUUAUCGAUAUAUGGCUUCUGCUUUGAGUAGUUGAGUCUUAAUUUGCAUUUGUAGAUGCAGUAACAAACGGUUUGCCUUCAAGAGUUUUCUGAAGUAUUCAUAAGGCCAUUAGGGGGGAACACUCAUGUUUGAUGCAGUGCCGUCUGUAUUGGCUUAUGUCCUUGCCAUUUCAAACAGACAUUUUUUUCAGUUAUUGAAUAUUUUCAUACUGUUAUGGAGUGUAGAUGGUCCUUAGAUUACUAGCAAUCAUGUAUUGAGAAGUUGUUUUUUUAACUGUCAAACUUAUCCUGUAUGCAGUGGUGAACCUAUCAGCCAAGCCUUUUUGUUAAUGUUUUUUUAUACUUAAUGAUGAUAGUAUCACAUGUUUACCUGUGGAAAGUGUUAAAACAAGUACUCUGCAAAACUUUCCAGUCCUGUAUUGCCUCUGUCUCACCCUUCUUCACAUAAGGAACUGGCCUGUUGUCCUGUUAGUCCUGUAAAAGGCAGUUCAAUUUUACCUAAGGUCCAAUCUCUUUUGGAAUGGGAUUUGUUUAUUAAACUGAUCCUUGCACAAGUGAAUUGAUGGGAAUACAAGUCGUAGCUCUAGUGCAAAGUUAAAAAAGCUCAAAUUAGACUCCAAUCUUUAGGCUAAAUUUAAUUUAAAUGUUAAGAAAAAAGCUAAUUGCUUAAGAAUCAUACUCUGUUAACACUAAACUUGUUUAUGGCAGGAAUUAAAUCACUUCCAGUAAAAGAUCCCUUCUUAUUUGUUAGUUUAGUUGAUGGACUGACUUGUGAUCCUAAGUGCCUGCUAACUCAGGGAGGUGAAAGAUUUUUUUUUUACUACCAGCAUUUGCUUUAUUGUACAAGUUAUCAUACAGCAUAAUAUUUUUAACACUGUAACUUUACAAUCAGCAGCUCACAAAGCUAGAUGUCAUCAGGCUUAAUCACUCCAGUUUCGGUCAGUAUGAAUGCUGAUGUGUUGAAUAUCAUUUAAUGUUUUUUCCCCUUCCUAGUAAGGUACAUUAUAAAUAGCUCUAAAAUAAGAAGCAGCUCAUACAAUCCAGGCUCAGAUAGACAUGGCUUAAAGAGUAUUAUAAAUCUUACCCAAACUUAUUUAUUGAUUCUGUGCCAUUAGGCAAAUACUCACUCAUUUAAAAUAUGAUUUUGUUAAACUUUGUUUUUGGAAUAGUUGAAUGCAUGGUGUGAUGAUUUGUUUUACUGAGAUUGUGUGGUUUAUUAA